AUGAUGGACUGCAACAGCUGGAGAGGCAUCAUGCUGCUAUCUACUACCAACAAAGUGCUAAGUAGAGUGAUUUUGAACAGAAUAUCAUCCAGUGUAAAUCCCCUACUUAAGAAAGAGCAGACCGGCUUUAGGAGAGGUCGAUCAUGUGCGGACAAGAUAUUUAACCUCAGACAAAUUGUGGAGCAGACCCAAGUCAUCUGUGGGGCACAACUAUCAGAGGAAUUCUACAUACGUAUCGGGGUCAAACAGGGAUGUCUGCCCUCACCACUACUCUUCACACUGUGCAUUGACUGGGUAAUGAAGGAGAUAACAUCAAAAGCAAAUAGGGGUAUCACAUGGACCUAG